AUGAACACCGCAUACAUCCGUUCCUUCUGUGUCCAACAGGAGCAGUGCAACAGUCUGGGCGGCCAUCUUGUUUCAGUCUCCAACCCUCGACAGUACAGCUUCCUGCAGCAGAUGACUCAAACCGCCGGUCAGACCAUUGCCUGGCUGGGAGGAUUCAACCUGCAGGGCCGCUGGCUGUGGAUUGACAGGGAGGGUUUCUACUACACUAACUGGUCCAGCCAGUUAGCUGCCAGCGGCAGUCCCUGCAUCUUCCUCAACUCUGCCAGUAAGUUAGUAUGGUCCAUCAGAUGCAGAGCUUGAAGUUCUGCUGCAGUGGACCUACUGAACUGAGUCAUUAAUUGAUCUCCCAUCUACAGGGGUUAGACAAUGAAACUGAAACAACUGUCAUUUUGGUGUGGGAGGUUUCAUGGCUAAAUUGGACCAGCCUGGUAGCCAGUCUUCAUUGAUUGCACAUUGCACCAGUAAGAGCAGAGUGU